AUGGGUGGUGGAGUGGGGACGUGCCUCCUGCUGUGUAUGGCCCGGUUCCCCGUGUGGUUGCGACUGCUGCCGUCUUGCGUCGUGCGUCGGUCCGCCUGGUUUGUGGGGCCCGUGUUUCUGGGUCCCUCCGGCUCUGAUGAUAUACGACCGGAGCCCAAGUGUUCCCAGCGUUCGUCUUCUGCCUGGGCGGAUGUGGGUGAAUUCAGUGACUGUGAGGCUUCGAGUGUCAAGGGGGUGGUUCAGGGUGCCUCGCACUCUGCACAGUUGGUGGUGGCGGAAGUCUGUGCGUCUGGUGUUGCUGGUGAUGGCGGCGCACGUCUCUCGGACGUACCUUUAGUUCUGCCUCAGGUGGGCGGUUCUCCCCGAUGGGAGGUGGUUGCUUCUCCUGCUGUCAAUGCUGUGGGUGCUGGCACUGGCCAUGGCAUCGUCAUGGUACUGAAGAAGGAUGCCAGCCGUGGGGAGUCCAAGCGGGCGCAGAAUUCCGUGGGAGGCCUGUGCGGCACCCGAGCAUGCUUUGCAUGUAAAUAUAAAAAUAUAAAAAACAAAAAUAAGCAGGUUGAGGAGACUGGUGCUGGUCACGACUGGCACAAGGAGCCCUCUUCCUGGUCUCCACUCAACACCAAACUUGCUCAUCAGUCACGACUGGCACCAGGAGCCCUCUUCCUGGUCUCCACUCAACACCAAACUUGCUCAUCAGUCACGACUGGCACCAGGAGCCCUCUUCCUGGUCUCCACUCAACACCAAACUUGCUCAUCAGUCACGACUGGCACCAGGAGCCCUCUUCCUGGUCUCCACUCAACACCAAACUUGCUCAUCAGUCACGACUGGCACCAGGAGCCCUCUUCCUGGUCUCCACUCAACACCAAACUUGCUCAUCAGUCACGACUGGCACCAGGAGCCCUCUUCCUGGUCUCCACUCAACACCAAACUUGCUCAUCAGUCACGACUGGCACCAGGAGCCCUCUUCCUGGUCUCCACUCAACACCAAACUUGCUCAUCAGUCACGACUGGCACCAGGAGCCCUCUUCCUGGUCUCCACUCAACACCAAACUUGGUCAUCAAUCACGACUGGCACCAGGAGCCCUCUUCCUGGUCUCCACUCAACACCAAACUUGGUCAUCAAUCACGACUGGCACCAGGAGCCCUCUUCCUGGUCUCCACUCAACACCAAACUUGCUCAUCAAUCUGGAAAAACUAAAGUCGUUCCUGUGUUCACUGUCCUUGCUUUUAAUUCCUACGGCUUUAACACGGAACAACCAGACCUGGCGCACACGACACUUAUUGUACAGAGGCAACCAGACCUGGCGCACACGACACUUAUUGUACAGAGGCAACCAGACCUGGCGCACACGACACUUAUUGUACAGAGGCAACCAGACCUGGCGCACACGACACUUAUUGUACAGAGGCAACCAGACCUGGCGCACACGACACUUAUUGUACAGAGGCAACCAGACCUGGCGCACACGACACUUAUUGUACAGAGGCAACCAGACCUGGCGCACACGACACUUAUUGUACAGAGGCAACCAGACCUGGCGCACACAACACUUAUUGUACUGAGGCAACCAGACCUGGCGCACACAACACUUAUUGUACUGAGGCAACCAGACCUGGCGCACACAACACUUAUUGUACUGAGGCAACCAGACCUGGCGCACACGACACUUAUUGUACUGAGGCAACCAGACCUGGCGCACACGACACUGACUGUACUGAGGCAACCAGACCUGGCGCACACGACACUUAUUGUACAGAGGCAACCAGACCUGGCGCACACGACACUUAUUGUACUGAGGCAACCAGACCUGGCGCACACAACACUUAUUGUACUGAGGCAACCAGACCUGGCGCACACAACACUUAUUGUACUGAGGCAACCAGACCUGGCGCACACAACACUUAUUGUACAGAGGCAACCAGACCUGGCGCACACGACACUUAUUGUACAGAGGCAACCAGACCUGGCGCACACGACACUUAUUGUACUGAGGCAACCAGACCUGGCGCACACGACACUUAUUGUACUGAGGCAACCAGACCUGGCGCACACAACACUUAUUGUACUGAGGCAACCAGACCUGGCGCACACAACACUUAUUGUACUGAGGCAACCAGACCUGGCGCACACAACACUUAUUGUACAGAGGCAACCAGACCUGGCGCACACGACACUUAUUGUACUGAGGCAACCAGACCUGGCGCACACAACACUUAUUGUACUGAGGCAACCAGACCUGGCGCACACAACACUUAUUGUACAGAGGCAACCAGACCUGGCGCACACGACACUUAUUGUACUGAGGCAACCAGACCUGGCGCACACAACACUUAUUGUACUGAGGCAACCAGACCUGGUGCACACGACACUUAUUGUACUGAGGCAACCAGACCUGGCGCACACGACACUGACUGUACUGAGGCAACCAGACCUGGCGCACACAACACUUAUUGUACUGAGGCAACCAGACCUGGCGCACACAACACUUAUUGUACUGAGGCAACCAGACCUGGCGCACACAACACUUAUUGUACUGAGGCAACCAGACCUGGCGCACACAACACUUAUUGUACAGAGGCAACCAGACCUGGCGCACACGACACUUAUUGUACAGAGGCAACCAGACCUGGCGCACACGACACUUAUUGUACUGAGGCAACCAGACCUGGCGCACACGACACUUAUUGUACUGAGGCAACCAGACCUGGCGCACACGACACUUAUUGUACAGAGGCAACCAGACCUGGCGCACACGACACUUAUUGUACUGAGGCAACCAGACCUGGCGCACACGACACUUAUUGUACUGAGGCAACCAGACCUGGCGCACACAACACUUAUUGUACAGAGGCAACCAGACCUGGCGCACACGACACUUAUUGUACUGAGGCAACCAGACCUGGCGCAAACAACACUUAUUGUACUGAGGCAACCAGACCUGGCGCACACAACACUUAUUGUACAGAGGCAACCAGACCUGGCGCACACGACACUUAUUGUACUGAGGCAACCAGACCUGGCGCACACAACACUUAUUGUACAGAGGCAACCAGACCUGGCGCACACAACACUUAUUGUACUGAGGCAACCAGACCUGGCGCACACAACACUUAUUGUACUGAGGCAACCAGACCUGGCGCACACAACACUUAUUGUACAGAGGCAACCAGACCUGGCGCACACGACACUUAUUGUACUGAGGCAACCAGACCUGGCGCACACGACACUGACUGUACAGAUGCAACCAGACCUGGCGCACACGACACUGACUGUACUGAGGCAACCAGACCUGGCGCACACGACACUUAUUGUACUGAGGCAACCAGACCUGGCGCACACAACACUUAUUGUACAAGGCAACCAGACCUGGCGCACACAACACUUAUUGCAACCAGACCUGGCGCACACGACACUUAUUGUACUGAGGCAACCAGACCUGGCGCACACGACACUGACUGUACUGAGGCAACCAGACCUGGCGCACACGACACUUAUUGUACAUAGGCAACCAGACCUGGCGCACACGACACUUAUUGUACUGAGGCAACCAGACCUGGCGCACACAACACUUAUUGUACUGAGGCAACCUGACCUGGCGCACACAACACUUAUUGUACAGAGGCAACCAGACCUGGCGCACACGACACUUAUUGUACUGAGGCAACCAGACCUGGCGCACACAACACUUAUUGUACAGAGGCAACCAGACCUGGCGCACACGACACUUAUUGUACAGAGGCAACCAGACCUGGCGCACACGACACUUAUUGUACUGAGGCAACCAGACCUGGCGCACACAACACUUAUUGUACAGAGGCAACCAGACCUGGCGCACACGACACUUAUUGUACAGAGGCAACCAGACCUGGCGCACACAACACUUAUUGUACUGAGGCAACCAGACCUGGCGCACACAACACUUAUUGUACUGAGGCAACCAGACCUGGCGCACACGACACUUAUUGUACAGAGGCAACCAGACCUGGCGCACACGACACUUAUUGUACAGAGGCAACCAGACCUGGCGCACACAACACUUAUUGUACAGAGGCAACCAGACCUGGCGCACACGACACUUAUUGUACAGAGGCAACCAGACCUGGCGCACACGACACUUAUUGUACUGAGGCAACCAGACCUGGCGCACACAACACUUAUUGUACAGAGGCAACCAGACCUGGCGCACACAACACUUAUUGUACAGAGGCAACCAGACCUGGCGCACACAACACUUAUUGUACUGAGGCAACUAGACCUGGCACACACAACACUUAUUGUACAGAGGCAACCAGACCUGGCGCACACAACACUUAUUGUACUGAGGCAACCAGACCUGGCGCACACAACACUUAUUGUACUGAGGCAACCAGACCUGGCGCACACAACACUUAUUGUACAGAGGCAACCAGACCUGGCGCACACGACACUUAUUGUACAGAGGCAACCAGACCUGGCGCACACGACACUUAUUGUACAGAGGCAACCAGACCUGGCGCACACGACACUUAUUGUACUGAGGCAACCAGACCUGGCGCACACGACACUUAUUGUACAGAGGCAACCAGACCUGGCGCACACAACACUUAUUGUACAGAGGCAACCAGACCUGGCGCACACAACACUUAUUGUACAGAGGCAACCAGACCUGGCGCACACGACACUUAUUGUACAGAGGCAACCAGACCUGGCGCACACGACACUUAUUGUACAGAGGCAACCAGACCUGGCGCACACGACACUUAUUGUACAGAGGCAACCAGACCUGGCGCACACGACACUUAUUGUACUGAGGCAACCAGACCUGGCGCACACGACACUUAUUGUACAGAGGCAACCAGACCUGGCGCACACAACACUUGUUGUACAGAGGCAACCAGACCUGGCGCACACAACACUUAUUGUACAGAGGCAACCAGACCUGGCGCACACGACACUUAUUGUACAGAGGCAACCAGACCUGGCGCACACAACACUUAUUGUACAGAGGCAACCAGACCUGGCGCACACAACACUUAUUGUACAGAGGCAACCAGACCUGGCGCACACGACACUUAUUGUACAGAGGCAACCAGACCUGGCGCACACAACACUUAUUGUACUGAGGCAACCAGACCUGGCGCACACGACAUUUGUAUUACAAGCUCAGCAAGCUGUUCUAAUAAUAGUUUACUGA